AUGCCCUCGCAACAGUUUGUUGAGGAAUAUGACUCACACGAGCCACUGCAGGAGCAAUACUUUGACGCCUAUACUGAUCUUGGCGUGCACCGCGUCAUGCUUGCAGAUGCGUCUCGCAUGUCGUUUUACCGCCAAGCACUCACCUGCGAGGCGGUUGUCCGGGACCGUGUGGUGGUGGAUGUGGGCUCAGGGACAGGCAUUCUAUCCAUGUGGGCAGCCCGUGCAGGGGCAAGGCAUGUUUUUUCUAUUGAGGCGUCGUCGCUGAGUCUUGUUCAGGCGCAAGUCAUUGACGAUAAUGAUAUGUCGGAUAGAAUCACGCUGUUAUCAGAAACAGUGGAAGCUGUCGUUUUGGAAGGCGUUGAAAGUUUUAUUGCGAAGCAUGAGGGACUAUUGCAGGGGCGCGGGGUUUCGGUGAUCGUAUCGGAAUGGAUGGGGUUUUACCUUUUACAUGAAGGCAUGCUGCCGUCCGUGAUCCGUGCGAGGAACUUCUUUGUGGAGGUCAAUGCAAAGCUGGGGAUUGCCUGCCCCAUAGAAAUGAUUCCAGAGCGGGCAACUAUAUGGGUCGCGCCCAUGAAUUGUGCCGCAUACUAUGAGGAACGCUACCGCGAGUUCUGGGGCAACGUCGGAGGCUUCGAUCUCAGUCGCUAUGGCAAGAUGGAGUUUGAGACCCAACUGGAGUCAACCAAUCCACUCAUUGACACAGUGCCAUCCUCGUGCCUCCUGCACGAGGGUGCGAUUCUGGCGGAGCUGGAUCUCACCUCCGUCCCGGAGGAGGCGGUGGCAUCUAUGUGUCGUCCCAUUCAUUUUAGCUUUGGCAAUUCCACGGCGUUUCAACGGCACUUUAGCACGGCCCACCCACAGGGGGUGGUCGUGGAUGGCUUCACAGUGUGGUUUGAGGUGGGCUUUCGGGAGUGGGCCCUAAGCACCUCCCCUUGGUGCCCGCCGACGCACUGGAAGCAGACAACUAUUCUCUUGCCGGCCACAGCGCGGGCGGAGCAGCUCGUGGCGUUCACGUCUCCGGAAGCAACGUCGGAGGUUGAGGUGCGACUCGUGGCGACAGACACCGCAUUGCGUUGUUACAGCAUUGAGUUUGAGCUAAAGUAA